AUGAAAAAACAAUUUUAUACACUAGUUAUUGCGAUUUAUUACCUAAAUCUGAUAGUUUGCUAAUAAGGAUUUGUUAAAACAGAAUACACUGAAGUAAUAUCUGUUUUAAAUGAUGCAAUUUAUAGUGCUUUAGAUGAAACCUAUGGUUAAACAGAGGUUAUAAGAAUAUAACAAAGGCUCCUUUAAAUUUAAAAUUAAUAUCCUUAAACUAUAGAUGUUGUUAAAGGCUUAUAAGUAUUACAGGCAUCUGAAAGGUAUGCUAUAAUUAUAAAUAAGGAUCAGAGAUAAGUUUUCCUUGCUAUUAGAGGCACAGAUACGCUCAAAGUUAGUUUGGAGUAAGAUUCUUAAACAUGGCUUAGCAAUAUGCCUAUUUAUUCAUAUGAUAUCGCUUAAAUUAUGAGUCACAAUAUGACAGAUUUUUCUAAAUAAGGAUUUGAUGUUAUAGUUUGUGGUCACUCUGUUGGUGCUACUUUGGCUCUUCUUACUUGCUCAAAUAACUCAUGGAUUAAGCACUGCGAAAUUCACAAUCCUUAUUUAGAUGAUAGUUUUGUGGACAAAAUUAAUCCAUUAUUGAGAGCAACGAUGAUGCAAAAGAAAAUCAUAAUUUAGGAAACUAUUAAUGAUUACCUCAGUCAACGAUAUCCAACUAAGUAAAUGGAUGCUGUGUAUAGCUUUUUUGAUAUUAAAGGUAUAGGUUAAUAAUUAGGUAGCGAUACAUGCAUUACAUUAUUUGUAAAAGCUCAUUUAUAUGAAAGAAUAAAUUAUAUCUUUAAUUCUUAAGAAUAAGAAAGAUUGAAAAAAAUCGAUCAAAUAGAAUAGAAUCUCAAAUAAAUCACUGACUAAUUCUUAGAAAAAUUUGCUUGGCUCUUUUAUUCAAUCAGAUAAUGUUAAUACAAUUAAUAUUUUAAUUUAUAUUACAAUGCAUGUUAAUCUUGUCCUCCUAAUUUUGGUUGUACUUCAAGUUUUCUUGGACCUUACACUUGUAGAUUAGGAUCUAUUCCAAAUUAGUAAACUGGAAAUUGUGAUAGUUGUGGUUAAGGAAAAUUUGCUGAUUUAGGUAGCUUGAUGUGCUAAGAUUGCUAACUUGGCUCUUAUUGUGUGAAUGGUGUUAAAAUAGAGUGUCCUGAAGGAACUUUUAAUAAUGAUCCAAAAAGUUAGUAAUGUUAAAAAUGCAGUAGCAGAUUUUUUUAAAACGAAAAAGGUUAAAGUAUUUGCAAGCAAUGUCCUCCAGGUUAUUAAUGCCCAACACCUGGUAUGAUCUAACCAAUCCCAUGUAUGCCUGGCACAUAUAAUCCUCGUUUUAAAGAGGAUUAAUGCUACUUGUGUGAUCCUGGAUCUUAUUAAACAUAAUCUGGAUAAUCUUCUUGUGAUCUUUGCCCAGAAGGAUUCAAAUGUCCUGCAAAAGAUUAAAGUCCAAUUCCAUGUCCACCUGGUUACUACAAUUCAAAUAAAAAAUAAACUUAGUGCUAUAUUUGCGAUUUAGGUUUAUAUCAAACUAAUUAUGGUUAGUCUUUUUGUGAGCGUUGUCCAGCAGGUAAUUAUUGUCCUAGAUAGGAUCAAGAACCUAUUCCUUGUCCUCCAGGCACGUAUAACCGUAAUACUAAAUAAGAUUAAUGCUAUUAAUGUGAUCCUGGUAGAUACCAAACUUAAUAAGGUAUGAGCUUUUGCAACGAAUGUCCUGAAGGUUAUCAAUGUCCUUCUAGAAAUUUAGAUCCAAUACCUUGCCCUCCAAAUACAUACAAUGCUAAUAAGAACUAAGAUCGCUGCUAUCCAUGUAGUGCAUCAUAAUAUUAACCUCUUAGUGGUCAGACUUCAUGUAUCCCAAUCCCUAAAACCUUUCUCAAUUAAUAAAAUGAAAUAUUCUGA